UCCCGGCGUACGGUGCAGACGACGUCGCCAGCGAGCGAAAGAUCAACACACACACAUAAACAACUAUCCAAAUUAAACAAUUUAUAACACAUGAAAUUAAAAAAAUUAAUUACUAAACCCCGCGGUACGAUAAUAAAAACCCUUUUUUGCCAAUUGUGUUUUUUUGUUUAUUUUUGUUUGUGCUAAAAAAAAAAAUCAAAUAAAACAAACAACAGAAACGCGUCUUCUACAUAAAUUUGAAAAUUACUAAAACACAACAUAAAAUUACAAUGUUUAAAAUCAAGUGCUAAAUUCGUGUCAAGUUUACAACAAUUCGACAAAGUGCAAAGUGAGUGCAAAGUGUGGAACAACUGCAAAGAAAAAACCAUAUCAACGGUCCGGUGACUAAAGCUCUGUCCUCCUCUCUGCUCCCCCAAACAACUCAACCCGCCAUCUCCCCCACCCGCCUCGAAGAACAGGACGCACAACAACAACGAACUGGACACAGGACUCAAUACUCUACACUACACUACACACACACACACACACUACACUACACUACACUAUACACCAGCAUACACCCACACACACACACACACACACACACUUACACCAACCCCAACCAACACAUACAAUGUAAACGAAACGACUUUGGUUCUUUCAAUAACAUUUUUAUUCAAUUUAUAUAUUCUUCACGCAUUUUCCUUAAUCAACCUUAAAGAAACUAUUUAAAAAAAAAACAAAAACAAAAACAAACAAAAAAUAAAAUAAUAAUAAUUCUAAUAGAAAAAACGUAAACACAAAUACAAGAAAACAACUCACUUUCAUCGUAACUGUUUAAUUUAUUUAUUAUAUAUUACAACUUUUGCAUAGAAAAAGUCAAUCAAUUAUUGUGUGAUAUAUAUAUAUUUCGAUUUCGAUUCGAUAUUCGAUUCUGUUCAGUGAUAGUUCCAAAACUGAGAACCUUAAAAGCAAAGCAAAGCAAAAAAAGAAAAAAACCGCAACUUUUGCACACGCAAAUAUGCCAAAACCUUAAUGCAGCAUAAUUAAGCAAAAAAACAAAAAACUAAAAAAAAACCUUAAUAGUUAUACGCAAAUAUUAAAUAUAUUCUAUAUUGUAAUUAUUGCACCUUGAUUAGUUCAUAUUACAUAUUUUUUUUUAGCAAGUGUUUAGUUACGAUUGUAGUUAACUUAAUGAAUUUCCAUUGUGCAACUGAGAAUACUCACAUAACAAAGAAAGCAAACACAGCUGCAUUUUUGGCCACAUAACUUUAGCUGCUGGGCACACUUAAAGUCAUUCCACAAACAAACACACACACACAAACACAUACACACACACACAACUGACCAAUGCAAAAAAUGUCGCUGCGAAAUGAUGAGCAGAACACAAGCCUCACCAACCUCGACCUCACACAGCAGAAACAAGAACCACAGAAUACAGCAGGCCACCACCAAUCCAGUUCCAGUCCAAGUUCCCCUUCCAAUCCAAGUUCCAGUUCCAGUCCCAGUUCCCAGCUCCCGAUUGCAACGCCAAAUGAGCUGAAGCAGCGACAGAAAUCAUCGCUAUCACCGCUGAAUGUGCGACGCCUCUCCUCCUAUGCCGCACACAAUGAAGCCGCCGAGAUUGGGCCCGAUGAUGGGGUGUUGGCAACGCCUCCGCCCGCCUCCACCACCAUCAAUAUUAACACGAUCAACAAUAACAACAGUAACACCAACAACAAUAACAACACAUCAUCAACGUCCUCAUUAUAUGCCACGCCACCACUGUACCAACAACAAUUGUCAACAAUGACCACAACGACGCCGUUAGACACGGCUUUGGAUGAUAAAUACAAGUUAUUUACCAUCUAUAAUGGAAACGAUCCCGACAAUGAGAAGUUGUCCGGCCUUCCACAUUCGACAACUGGUUCACUAAGCUCAAUCAUCACGACGUCCAUAGCAUCCUCUGAACCGGAUCCUGGUGCGGCGGGCGGCGGCGGCGGUGGAGGCAGCGGACCAGGUGGCAAUGGACCAGGUGGCGGACCAGGUGGAGCGAUACCCGCCGAUGCGUGCAGCAUUGCGGGCAUCAAUGGCAGCUCCGAGGAGAAGUUGGCACUGAAUCGCCCAGGCAUCAAACAGGAGAAAUGGACAACGAUCCUGCUGCAGGUAUCGAUACCGUUCUUUCUCGCUGGCAUUGGCACCAUCGGAGCGGGCAUUGUGCUCGGUCGCGUCGAGAAAUGGUAUGUCUUCAAGAAUGUGAGUGAACUGUUCAUUCUGGUGCCGGCGCUGCUCGGUCUGAAGGGUAAUCUGGACAUGUGCCUCGCCUCGCGUCUCUCCACACAAGUCAAUUUGGGCAAUAUGACGUCGCGUUCGAAUGUGGUGCGAAUGAUUGUGGGCAACAUUGCGCUGGUGCAGGUGCAGGCCACAGUUGCCUCCUUUCUGGUGGCCAUGUUUGCCAUGAGCGUUGGCGCUGCGAUGACCGGCAGCUUCUACUUUGAGAACGCAAUGCUCUUGACCGCCUCGGCCAUGUUUACGGCCACCUCAUCGUGUUUUGUGCUAGAUUUCGUGCUGGUCGCUGUGAUACUGUUCUCGCAAAAGUAUCGCCUGAAUCCGGAUAAUCUGGCCACGCCGUUAGCUGCCUCCAUCGGUGAUGUCGUCUCGAUCAGUUUGCUGUCGUUCAUUGCCUCGCUGCUCUACGAGCACAUAAAAACCCAUCUGUGGAUCACUUUCAUUGUGGUCACCUGCUAUCUGGUGCUGCUGCCCAUGUGGGUCGUCAUUGUGCUGAAGAACGAAUAUACGCGGCCGGUGCUGAAGAGCGGCUGGGUUCCAGUGCUCUCAGCGCUCUGCAUCAGCGGUCUUGGCGGUCUGGUACUCGAUGCCGCUGUGGAGGUGUUCAAUGGUUUUGUCGUCUUUCAGCCGAUCAUUAAUGGCAUUGGCGGCAAUCUGGUGUCGGUGCAGGCCAGCAAGAUAUCGACGAUGCUGCAUCAGAGCUCAAUAAUUGGCAUUAUACCACCGCACACAAAGGUCGUCGAGUGGCCUUGGCGAGCACUGUUCAAAGGCGUUCCUUAUGCAAAGACGGCUCGCAUUCUGAUUGCCAUGUCAAUACCUGGCAAUGUGCUCUUCAUCUUUGUGGCUGACUACAUCAACAUGAACGCGACAACAGUGACGUGGGUGUUUAUGCUAUCAUAUCUUGUCGCCAGUUUGGUGCAGGUCAUGCUGUUGCUGUAUAUUGCGCAUAUCAUAGUGCAUGCCAUGUGGAAGUGGAAGAUCGAUCCGGAUAACUCGGCCAUACCAUAUCUGACGGCGCUGGGCGAUCUGUUGGGCAGCAGUCUGUUGGCUGUCGCGUGGCUCUUUACGAUGUCGGUCGGCAUGCAAUAUGGCUCCAAUAUGGAUACAUUGAAUGCGCCCAACUAGAGCGACGACUUCUUCACUACUCGCGUUCUACUCUGUACGAUAAAAAACAUAGCUGUGUGGGAUCUGGCUGGCAUCGCUUUUGAUGGCACGCCCACUCUCUUAGUUAGCACGAUAACAACACAACACAACAACAACAACACAACAACAACCACUACUAAUGCAGACUCUACUACAACAAGAACCACAACAAACAAUACAAAGAA